AUGCCCAGAUUUUCCUCCAAGACUCCCUCCCAGAUCCCCUUCAAAAUUCUUUCUCUCUCGUUCCCUCUCUCCUUCCUGCUCCUUCCUCCUCCUCCUCUUUUCCCUUCCUCUCUCCUCUUCUACCCCCCCUUAUCUCCCCUCUCUCUCUUUCCUCUCUACCCUCUUCUACCCUGUUUCCCCUUCCUCUCUCAUCUUACUCUCUAUUUUCUUCUACUCCCCCUCCAGUCUUCUCUCUCCCCUCCCUCUUUCUCCUCUUACCCCCCUCAUCUCCCCUCUCUCUCCUUCCUCUCUCUCCUCUUCUACCCCCCCUCGUCGCUGCUCUCUCCCCUCUUUCUCCUCGUCUCCCCUCUCUUCCCUUCCUCUCUCUUCUCUUCUACCCCCCUAGUCUCCCUUCUCUCCCUCCUUUCUUCCCCCUCCUCCUCUGCGGUGCCAUCCCCUGCAGUCAUCUGUGUUAAACGUUAA